AUGUUAAACGCUGUGGCACUGUUGUUUAUCCUGGAAAUCGACGAUUUGCUUUACAAGGUUUUGGCACCGAAGCAUGCCAUGCAUUACCUCUCUUCAAUUCGUGAAUUCCAUGGUGGCAGCAGGAAGACGUGGGCUGGCAUGGACUUGUCCAGCAUCAUCAAACUCACAGUCCUUAUCGUCACCACGGCGAUGUUCAUCCGCUUCACCAUCUGGGAUAAUGCAGUAAAGGCACGAGAAGCAAGAGACAUUCUUUGUGGUGGAAACAAGAACUUUGUUUAUGGCACCCAUCCUUCGUUGGGUCCCAUAUUUGUGGCAGAGACAGAGAAAUACGACCUCAAUCGACCUCCCAGCAUGAUGCCAAACAUGCGGGAUUUAGUCGAGGAUGUUGUAUUCAAUUUUGGCCCGGAGGAUGUCAAAGACUCCAUGUGGAGGAAGGACAUUCCUGGCAAGGGCAAGAUCGCCGUGAAGCACGUGCAGUCGGUGACGGAGUUGAAGGAUUGGUUGGCCAUGACGGACCGUGAGGCGCCGGAGGAGACCCGCUUCGGGGAGAAGAGUUAUCGAGGCAACGAGAGGCUCUGUGAGGACACGAAGUGGGACAAGAACUUCUGGGAGGCUGACUGGGUAUGGUCUACCGUGAAAGUUCUCACCGAUGGUGCUGCUACCAGCUGCGAGGAGGCGAAGCCCUUCUGCGACGACAAGGAGUUGCCCUUGGUCCGCCUGCUUUGCCCAGAGACCUGCGGCUGUACCAGGGCGGAUUCUGGACUCUAUGCAGACAAUGGCUGUCGGCAGCAAUGCCGGGAAGAGAGCGAGUUUGCGCAAAGCCGCAACAAAACCACCUGCAAUGACACAGCAGAGGUGUCAUCCACUAUGGCCUGGAAGCGAUGGUGGCAAGGAUUCCAUUCGGCCAACGCUGGCGUUUGGAGCGAGGACAACCCCAUGAUGUCGGUGGGCAACGAUCCGGCAUCGGCGAACUGUUCCUUCGUCACGAGCAAGGAUUGGAUCCGCCAAAACUUCUGUCAAUCCAAGAAGGUGGGACGUCCUGGUGCCAUGCUUUGUCCAGCCUCCUGCUGUGGUAGUGAGGCCUUGCAGGCCGAUUGGUGCCCCACAAGCUGUGGAAAGGACGCUGGUAGCUGA